UAAUCUUAGCAAAUGUAAACUUCAUUACCAUUGUUAUCUUUUUAUUUCAUUUUUUUUUCUUAAGGAAAUUUUCGGGAUGUUUACAUGGGUUGUGGCUUGAUGAUAGCCACGCUGCUUUAUCAUGAUUUGGCGUUUGAUAUAUUACUGAAUUGGUUACCUGGAAAUUUGUUUUCUUGGUAUUUUGAUAUACCCUUAUUGUGUUAGUCAUGUAUUAGAUAGUUAUGAAUGGAUGUAGGCAUUUGAAGAAGCUGAGCUACCCAGGCUAAAGGAAGAGAAACCUGGUCUUACUCACACUCAAUACAAGGACAUGAUAUGGAAACUAUGGAAGAAAUCUCCAGACAAUCCUCUAAAUCAGAUUGCUGAGUGAUGACUGCUGCAACUUGUUUGGGCCAGAAGAGCAGGCAAUUUCAUGUAGGCAUGCUGCACAGAUGCAAGCCCAUACCUGUCUACUUAAACUUUCAAAAAAGGGGGGGGGGAAGAAAAAGAGAGGUUGAAUUAAUAAUGCCACAUUUAUAUUUAUACCUAUUGCAACAUGACGAUGGAUUUCCCUUCUGUCUCAUUUCUUUCCUUAGGCAAUGAAAAAUUACUAAUGUACAGUUAGAGAAAUGGUAUUUCGCUUGGUUUGUACCCAUCAGUGAUGUUAUCUUAGUAUUAGUUUUGAUUUUUUUUAAGAUGCUGUUAGUUUUUACGGAAUUGUUUCACAUCUUUCCUUGUGGACUAAUGAAGAUUAAUUAAUAUUGUGAAUUCUGGAUUUUGACUCAUCUCAUGUUAUGCAUUAACAUACCUAAAUUGAUGCUUUUUCUUGGUUCUGGGUCAUCUGGAUUAUAUAGUGACUCUUUGGAAGUUGUUGAUUGGGACUUGAAACAUUCUGUCGUUGAUGAAAUCCGACUAGAAAAUGUUGUAACAGAAAGCCUUUUGAAGCCGGUCAAGGGUAGGGGACAAAAUUCACAUAUCCUGAUAUCAACAAGUGAUCUAACAAAACUCGUUCUGAAAUGGAAUGCUACCUGGGGAUCAAAAUUUGUUUUUGGUCUGAUGGGUGGAAAUGCAAGGAUCAAUUGCAGAAUCAUGUCGUUAUUGAGGGUGAGGACUGUGGAGAAGAGGACAAUCAUUGUUGGCCUAAAAUCUGAUUACUGCAGCAGACAAAUGCUGCUCCAGGUGCUGAGUAUGGUGGUCAGGCCUGGAGAUGAUGUGCUCGCUGUUCAUGUCCAAGAAAUGGAUGAUGAGUUUGACCCGAAUACCUUUCAUAUCCACGAAGAUCUCUGCAAGUCCAAGCAGGUAGAUCUUCUUGUUAAAGUUUGUACUGGAGACUCUUAUAUCUCAGGAUUAUCAAAUCAAGUAAGAGUAAAUCAUGCAACAAUCCUUGCAAUUGGAUGCAACCAUUCAGGGCUAAAGGGUUCAGUUAUAAGCAGCUGCCUGAAGGAGUUACCUCCUACCUGCACUCUUCUGGUAAUGGACAAUGCUGGAAAGAUCCUAUUCCAGAGACAGGGAACUUCACAACAAGGCUGUGCUGGUGCACAUCUUCUGGUUUCUUUGUCAUCUUCCUCCAAAUGCAGUAGGAUAGAUCAAUCAGUGAACCCCCGUCAUUUGCACAAGUCUUUCACUAUACCAUCUUUCUCAUCAUCACCAUCUGCUUCUAGAAUUGAUACCCGAGGACAUUGCAUUCUCAAGAAGCCAUUGCAGGUUCCAGAGCAUCAGUUUAAAAAAUCCUUAACCAUGCCAUCAACAUCAUCAUCACCAUCACAAUCAACACAGCAGAAGCAGGAAACUGUGCAUGUUCAGGUUCAAGACUUCUGUACAAGGAAACUGUUCCAGAGAAUAGCACUCCUAGAAGCAGAAAAAUCCACCAGGCAUUUCACAUUGCAGGAGCUCAGUUCUGCUACUAACAAUUUCAACCCUGUAAUGGUGAUUGGAGAAGGAGGUCAUAGUGUGGUUUAUAGAGCCAACCUUGAGGAUAGUCGGAAAGCGGCUGUGAAAGUCCUCAAACCUACACAUUACUCCAUGGAGGAUCUUGUCCAAGAAGUAGAGAUGUUAUCCAGUUUCAAGCAUGAUAACAUAGUUAAGAUAAUAGGGUUCUGUGCCAACAAGGAAUUCCUUGCCAUUGUUUAUAAUCUGCUGAAGGGAAACUUGGAACAACAUUUGAAACAGCUGAACUGGACUGAGAGGAUGAGUGUAGCAAUUGGUGUAGCAAAGGCACUUGAGUACCUUCAUCAUGUUCGUGACCCUCCCAUCAUUCACAGAGAUGUGAAGCCAUCUAACAUCCUCCUUUCCGAUGAUUGCCAUCCUCAACUCUCAGAUUUUGAAGCAGCUAUAUUGCAUCCUCAUUCUUCUCAAGUUUCAGCAAACAAAAAGCCAGUUAACAUUGUUGGGACCUUAGGAUACGUGGCACCAGAAUAUAUGAUGUAUGGAAAGGUUGAUGAAAAGAUAGAUGUCUACUCCUAUGGGGUACUGCUUUUGCAACUUAUCACUGGAAAGGAAGUUGUUCAAAGAAAACAGACUAAUCAUGAACACUUGGUGCUUUGGGCAAGGUCUUUACUCUGCUAUGGCCUGCUCAAUCGUCUUGUUGAUCCUUACUUGGGAAAAAAUUACAAGAAGGAAGAGAUGGAGAUUAUGAUAUUCAUAGCACGCCUAUGCCUUUUGCAUUCAUCUUCAAGAAGGCCAACAAUGAAAACGAUACUCAGGUUUUUUGAGGAUUCAGAGUGCUGGGUAAAGAUGCAGAGGGAGAAAGAUCAACUUCAAAAUGGGUUAUACUCUAAAGGUGAAAAGGAAUUGUGGAGACAAUAUCAGUCAGCAUGUAAUGGAACUGGAACUGCAAAUAUGGAUGAUAUCAAGCAAUUAAUCAUAUAACUAAGCUUGAGCCAAUUGGGCAAAGUUAACAGGGGAUACAAAUCUCUGAUCUCCACUGCAGAGACUUUGAAGCAGCUUGUGUUGGAUGGAACAUAUCCCAGAACAAGUAUUCAUGGCAAUUUGAGCAAAGAUUUGCUUUCAGAUCACAGAUAGAUUCUGCAUUGAACUUCCCAGCUCCACAACAUGCACUUUUGAUAUCCUUAAUUUCUGGGAAUUGAAAACGCAGGUUUGAAGAUAAUUAGUCUAAUGCACAUCAUAAAACACCACAGUGCAUAACUUUUAUGUGUUUUGGGGUGACAAGCUUGCUCAAUGGUAGAGGGUUCUCGAUAAGAUUCAUUGUCAUCUCAUACGUGUUUCCAAGGGAGUACUUGAUAUCCUUGAAUUCGUAACUAAGCCUGAAUAAUUCGUAUUGGAUUGUUGAAUGGAAAGUUCUAGCAAACUGAUUCAAGUCCUUCAAACAGUCCCCUGUGGUAUUAUAAAUUCUUUGCGAUGGACAGCAUCCUAUUGGUGCAACACUUGCAAUGCCAAACUUUCUUGCUUCAAGAGCUAGAAAUCUCUGCCAUUUAAAUCCAUCAUUAGGAUUAAGUGAAACACAGUUAAUCCGGAACAGAAGCCUGCUUUUGAGAUGAUGAGUAUAUCUUACUCUCAAGUUUGCUUCAUAUAAAACUCAUAAAGUAGACAUGAACUCUUCCAUGGGAAUAGAACUGUUAGAAUUGUAAUAUCCCAAAAUAUCAUUGCUUCCAGUGCUGAUGAAGAGUAAGGAUUUAGAGAAAAAAUUUCCUGUUUCUUCGCAGCCUUUAAUGCCCUCAGAUCAUUGUAGACCUUGAUUAAUUAGUUAAUCUGUUCUCCUGUGUUGAUAACAUUCUUGUUGAUUUUUGCAACAUCAUGUGUGUUUUGAUCUUUACCAGACUUGAUUGGUGGUUUCUAAGAGAUAAAAAGAAUAAAGAAAUUGUUUAGUA